AUGGCAGGAACCGUUACUGGAUUUAAGUACCGAGCGACCAACUGUGGCUAUGACGACUGGAGCAUCCAACGCUUAGACUGCGGUUAUGGCGUAAUCGACGUGAUUGACUCGGUGUGUGGUUGCUCAAAAUCGUGGCUCUGCCAUGAGGACGGCCCAUCUGAUCGAAACCUGGCCAACACAAACUGGACUCAAACAAACUGGACUCAGAAAACCCCCGUGGACAAAUUCAAGACCAAAUGUGAUGGCAGGAAAUUCUGUGAAGUGAGCCUGACUGGUUUCCACUCUUGUGGUACCUGUAUUGGCGCCUUCAAAUAUCUGCACACCACCUUUACCUGCCUGCAACCAAUGACUGUGGUGGCUUGUCAGGGGGGCAUAGCACACUUGGAUUGUGGUUUGGGCUACGUUAUCACCAUCAAUGGUGCAGCCUACGGACGCCGCGACAAGACCACCUGCUCCGAGGGAAAGCCCUUUCAUCAGUGGCGAAACAUCGAGUGCUCGCAGCCAUCCACUGCCAUGGUUGCCCAAAUGUGUAAGGGGAAAACCACCUGUUCAGUCCCAGCCAGCAAUGCAGUGUUCACCAACCCAUGUCAAGGCAUCUUCAAGUACUUGAAGAUUUCCUACACAUGCAAACCUCCUGACUCUGAUGACCCGCGUGUCCUCUAAACGGUUCUGCCAUGUGGUCUGGCUUCCAUUCGAGCGAAUUAUUCAAAGGCUCAGCCCGCUCCUUAGUUUAGUUUUUCCGCCAGACGUUCACGUAUUUCGGUAUCGCGUGAUGACAGCACCUUGCCAGUUUCCGGGUUUGCGUCCUGCUCAAUGUCAUUCCUUCACUAAUAAAUAUAGCCAUCACAAUGCAAA